UCGUGCUAAAUGCACUUUUGACUUCCAUUUCUCUGCUCUUCCUCUUCCGGUUCUGACGAACUCCUCCUCCUCCUCCUCUUCUUCUUCUUCUUCUUCUUCUUCUUCUUUGCCAGUGGCUCGCGAUGGACGUGGCGGCCGGAAUGUCUGCCGGGCUUCUUUUCGGGCGAGUGUUGGUGCUCUGCCUCUCUCUGAGUCUCGUUUCGGCCUCGGGGGCGGAUGAGCUUCCGCUGCUCUUGAAACUGAAGUCCGUGCUCGAGACACCAUCGAGCACGGGUGUUUUCGGUUCAUGGAGGGUCGGCAACGACAAAUGCAACUUCACCGGAAUCGUGUGCAAUUCAGAUGGUUUCGUCACUGAGAUCAACCUCUCUCAAAAGGGCCUGGUGGGUACUCUCCCUUUCGACUCGAUAUGCUCGCUUGGCUCUCUUGAAAAGAUUGAUCUUGGAGAGAAUCUUGUCUACGGUAACGUCACUGAUGAUCUGAGGAACUGCACGAGCUUGAAGUACUUGAACUUGGGGUUCAAUUCUUUCUCUGGGAAAGUUCCUGAUUUGUCCACUUUGAGCGGCUUGGAGUUCUUGAACCUGAACAACAGCGGGUUCUCAGGGAUCUUCCCGUGGAAGUCGCUUGGAAACAUGACCAAUCUUGGCUUUUUGAGCCUCGGAGACAACCCUUUUGAUGUGACUAGUCCCUUUCCUAUGGAGGUCAUCAAGUUGGAGAAGUUGUAUUGGCUUUACCUCACCAAUUGCAGCAUCAGAGGACAAAUCCCCGAGGGCAUCGGGAACUUGACGCUUCUCGAGAAUCUCGAGCUCUCGGACAAUGAAUUGUCCGGCGAAAUCCCUCGGGGCAUCGCAAGGCUCGGCCGGCUCUGGCAGCUCGAGCUCUACAACAAUACCUUGACCAGUAAGCUUCCUCUCGGGCUUGGGAACCUCACAAGCCUCGUGAACUUUGACGCGUCACAUAACGGGCUCGGAGGUGAUCUCUCAGAGAUCAGGUUCUUGACAAGUCUGGCCUCCUUGCAGCUUUUCGAGAACCGGUUGACAGGGGAGAUACCAGAGGAGCUUGGAGAGUUCAAGAAUCUUACCGAAAUCUCUCUCUACACAAAUUGGCUGACCGGUUCACUUCCUCCAAAGCUUGGCUCGUGGGCAGAUUUCAAUUACAUAGAUGUUUCGGACAACUUACUCACGGGAAGUAUCCCGCCGGAUAUGUGCAAGUAUGGGAAAACAACUGAUCUUCUUAUGUUGGAUAACAAGCUCACCGGUACUAUCCCAGCGACCUAUGCAAAUUGCUCAUCCUUAGUUCGGUUACGAUUGAGCAAUAACUCGCUUUCUGGUGCUGUUCCUGCUGGAAUAUGGGGCUUGCCGAAUCUCAUCAUAAUUGAUCUUGCAGCGAAUCAACUCGAGGGAUCGAUAACGUCUGAUAUCAGAAUGGGAAAAUCUCUGGCUCAGCUAUUUCUAUCUGAAAAUAAAUUUUCAGGUGAAUUACCGGAAGCAAUGUCUGAAGCAUCUUCUUUGGUCUCAAUUCAGCUUAAUUUGAAUGGAUUCGUGGGAAAGAUUCCGUCGACAAUUGGGAACUUGACGAAAUUGAAUACACUCGAUUUGAUUGGAAAUCUGCUCUCCGGUAGCAUACCUGUGUCGAUUGGCUCCUGCGUCUCCCUCGCCGAUGUAAACCUCUCAAACAAUUCAUUGACUGGAGAAAUUCCCGACAGCAUCGGAAACUUACCGACUCUGAACUCCCUCAACCUAUCCAAUAACAAACUUUCCGGUGAAAUCCCAUCGAGCCUGGGAUUACUGAAGCUAAGCCUUCUCGAUCUCUCGAACAACCGGUUAACCGGACCUGUACCGGACUCUCUAUCAAUAGAAGCCUACCACGAUAGCUUUGAUGGGAAUCCCGGCCUGUGUAGUCAGAGGCUUAAACAAUUUCAGCCAUGUAUUUCAAGUUCACAGGCAACCACUCACCUCGGGGUUAUCCUCUCCUGCUUCUUUGCCGGAAUAAGUUUGUUGCUAAUUGUAUUCGCAAUGAUGAUGUAUGUGAAGCUCAGAAAGCAAAGAGAUAGUCUCAAGAGUGUCAACAGUUUGUGGAGGCCGGAUUCUUGGAACAUGAAGCCGUACCGUGUACUAAGCUUCAGGGAGAGGGAAAUAAUUGAUUACAUAAAGACCGAGAACUUGAUCGGGAGGGGCGGAUCAGGGAAUGUGUAUAAAGUCGUCUUGGGGAAUGGCAAAGAACUCGCGGUGAAGCACAUCUGGGCGUCGAGCUCAGACAGCUUGAGAAGCCAUCCUAGCAGUUUGGCCAUCCUCAGCAAGAAAAGCACAGGCACGGCCGAGUACGAUGCCGAGGUGGCUGCACUGAGUUCGAUUAGGCACGUGAAUGUCGUCAAGUUGUAUUGCAGCAUCACAAGUGAGGACAGCCACCUGCUUGUUUAUGAGUACUUGCCGAAUGGGAGCCUGUGGGACCAGCUACACGAGAGCCAGAAGAUGAAGAUGGGAUGGGAGGUGAGGUAUGAGAUUGCGUUAGGGGCUGCCCGGGGAUUGGAGUAUCUGCACCAUGGAUGCGCUCGGCCGAUUAUACACCGUGACGUGAAAUCGAGUAAUAUUUUGCUGGACGAAGAGUGGAAGCCGAGGAUAGCGGAUUUCGGGCUAGCGAAAAUCGUGCAGGCCAGUCAGGGUGGUAAUUGGACACACGCCAUUGCAGGGACUCUUGGAUACAUAGCUCCAGAGUAUGCGUACACCAUGAAGGUCAAUGAAAAGAGCGACGUCUACAGCUUCGGCGUCGUUCUGAUGGAGCUGGUCACAGGAAGGAGGCCAAUCGAGUCGGAAUUCGAAGAGAACCAGGACAUUGUUCAAUGGGUGCGUGGAAACAUGAGCAGCAAAAAGUCUUUGCUCGAUUUGGUGGACUCGAACAUUUCUGACACCCAAAAAGAAGACGCCGUUAAAGUGCUCCGGAUAGCCAUCCGUUGCACAGCUAACAACCCAACCGUGAGGCCGUCAAUGCGGAUGGUGGUUCAGAUUCUAGAGGAGGCCGAGCCCUGCAGCCUCAACAGUGUCCUCGUCAACUAAGUAGGCAAAAACAGUCAAAAGACCGAAGAAAAACAGCUUAUACCAAGCCCUCAAGCUGAUUCUUGUUCUCUGCGUUAGGAAUUCAUGUAGUAGACAACACUACAUUGGCAUGCAUAAGCCUUGAGGGAGCCCAUCCCGGCUCGCAUGUGGUUAAAGUGCAUCCGAUUUUGGAGCUGAUUUGCUGAAUCCUGAUUAGAGCUGUUCCUAGAGACCGUAGAAAACUGAUGAUUUUAGCUUUUUGGGUUAACCAGUGAAAGAUCUGGAGUUGUAUUUUAGCCAAUAAAA